GUAAACUUAAUUGUGGUCGUGCAAGAUGUCGGGCGAUAAAAAAAUAAUCCUGGUCACCGGCGGCUCCGGGCUGGUCGGCCAGGCCAUUAAAAAGAUUGUGGAGACUGAAGAAAAAAGAGAAAAUGAAGAAUGGAUCUUUCUAUCGUCGAAGGAUGCCGACCUUACUAAUUUAGAUGAAACGAAGACCUUAUUUGAACGUGUGCACCCAACGCAUGUCAUUCAUCUUGCUGCAAUGGUUGGGGGACUAUUCAAGAAUCUCAAACACAAUCUGGCUUUUUUUAGAAGGAACAUGUUAAUGAAUGACAACAUACUGCACAAUUCUUACGAAAUGAAAGUUAAAAAAGUCGUGUCAUGCCUCUCUACAUGCAUAUUCCCCAAUAAAACCACCUACCCUAUUGAUGAAACCAUGGUUCACAAUGGGCCACCUCAUGAUUCAAACUUUGGUUACUCUUAUGCUAAAAGAAUGAUUGACGUGCAAAAUAAAGGUUACCAUGAGGAGCAUGGCUGCCAGUUCACCAGCGUCAUACCGACGAAUGUUUUUGGGCCGCACGACAAUUUCAACAUUGAGGAUGGACACGUCCUGCCUGGUCUCAUGCAUAAGAUAUAUUUGGCUAAGAAAAACAACGAGGCUUUUACAAUCUGGGGCACUGGUGCGCCAUUGAGGCAGUUCAUCUACUCCCUCGACCUGGCCCGGCUCUUCAUCUGGGUUCUCAGGGAUUAUGACGAAAUUGAACCCAUCAUUCUAUCUGUUGGAGAGGAGGAUGAAGUUUCAAUAAAGCAGGCAGCUGAAAUGGUCGUCAGGGCUAUGAAUUUUCAAGGGCCUGUUGUUUAUGACGCUUCUAAAUCUGAUGGUCAGUACAAGAAGACAGCUAGUAAUGCGAAGUUGAGAAAGUACCUCCCUGAUUUCAAGUUCACACCCAUCGAACAAGCAAUCAAAGAAACUUGUGAUUGGUUCGUGGAGAACUAUGAUAAAGCCAGGAAAUGAAGAAGAAAUUAAUGAAUCAAAUUAUUAUUUUCAUUAUUGUUAUUAUAUUUAUUAUUAUUAUUCUUGUCAAUUAGGUUAUGGCCAAUUGUCUUGGGUCUAAUUGAUUCAGUUUAACUUUACCUUUAUUAAAUUAUCAAUUAAUUAAUUAGUUAAUUAAGUUAUUUUUUUAAUUGUGGCUUUUUUAUCAGGGUGAUAUAUAUUUGCAUACAUAUAUAAUGUUAUGGGUUGUAUAUUUCCAUAGUGAAGAUUCUUAACCACCAUUUGUUUAUAUUGUGUGUUAUAUAUUUAUAUUUAUUUGUUUAUAUUGCGUGAUUGUGUUAUAUAUAUAUAUAUUAUAUUCAACAAAUAACCAUUCACAGGUUUCUUUGAUUGCUGGUAUAUAUAUAUAUAUAUAUAUAUAUAUAUAUAUAUGUGUGUGUCAGAUGAAUUCAAGUAAACUUUUAUUCAGUGAAAUUUUAAUUGGUUAAUUGUUUGUUUUAUUAGUUGAUUGUUUGUUUUAUAAGUUAAAUGUUUGUUUGAUUAAUUGCGAUUAGUUAAUUUUAAUUGAUUGAUGAACGUUCUUCAUUUGAAAUAAACAAAACUAUAAC